GAGCCGUGACGUAUUUACUAACACCGCCACGCGAGUUUUCACACCGGUGCUCCAUCUGCUCGCGAGGGCGACUAUUUGGGGGACCUAAACUGCGCCUCGCAGUAGAUCCGCGCGGACCGUUUUCUUUUCCGUUUAUCAGCCGCACUUGACAACAAGCUUCUUCCUCCUGCUCAGUCCACCUCUGUCCACCAGGAGGGAGUUCGCUCUCCACCGAGACUGUGAAUACUAAGUCGUUUUGGAAGUUUUUUGGACACGUUUUCUAACAUAAAAAGUGAGACUUUUGCCUACAGACGAGGGCGCAAGAAAAAAAGAAGAAGAAAAAAGAAAAUGCUGGAUCGUAGUCAAACUGUUCUAUCAUUGCUCUUUGGAAGCCUGGUUUGUCUUUUGGGGACCUCUGUUGUAAAUGCAGACGGUCGAGUGUUCGUGUUGGACUUGCGGAACUCCUCCGGCCUGCAGGGCUUCAGAGACGCUGAACGGGCUUGUGCCUCACGACAUGCCCGCUUGGCAUCAUCAGAGGAGCUCCGUCACGCUGUGGUAGAGUGCUUCUUCUCCCCAUGCACCCGUGGGUGGCUCUACGGAGGCGCAGUGGGGACCACCGUGUGUAAUGUGGUGGGCAGUGCACUGAAAGCAGUUGAUGUGAGAACAGAAAACGCCACAGAGGACGCGGCACACCUGGACGCCUUCUGCAUCAAAGACAAUGGUGUGCCAUGCGGUGACCCGCCAUCCUUUCCUAAUGCCCGUCUACAGGAGCACUCUGGAUAUGAGCUGGGAGAUGAGCUGCUGUACACAUGUGUGCCGGGUUAUGUAAUGCCCAGUGGACACAGUGCCUUCAGCCUGCUGUGCGACAGCUGUGGAGAGUGGUAUGGACUGGUAGAGAUAUGUGUCAAAGAUGAGACUGAAAGUCACAUAGAUUAUGAGGACAAGUUCACAGAUUCGUAUGGAGAGGAAGUGCGCCACAGCGAGAGACCAGAGGAGGCUCGUGGUGAGGUGUAUGAGGAGGUGCAUGGAGCUUCAUACCCGGAGGGGAAAAUGAGUCAGGAGCAGCAAGAGACGAGCUUCAGUGUCGAAGUGGAGGAGGAGCAUCAAGACCAACAUGGAGAACAUGAAGUGGAAGGAGAUGUGAUUGGUAGAAAAUCGGAAGGAGCUGUAGAAGGAGGAGAAAAAGAUGGGGAAUGGGCUGUUGAGGACAUCAUAGGCCAUCCGAGGUGGGAGCAGGAGAGGAGGGACGGGGUCACAACUGACGCAGCUGCAGCCACAGAAGCACCGGUCUCUCUACUCUCCCAGAAACACCUCUUCUGGUUCCCUUCUGAGGCCUUCCCGGAGGACGGGCAUCCCGUCUCCACCAAUCCAGUCACACAGACUACACAGAGGGCCUCAGGCCCCCAAUCAGAGGAGAGUGAAGAGCACGAGAGCCAAGAAAGGCACCAGCAUCCAGUUGAUGUUGGCGACCAUGAUCGUGAGCCAGACAGCUACGAUCCUCAUGAUGCUGAUGACCGAGAUGAUCAUGAUGACAGCAACCAUGACGACAAGGAUGCCCAUGACGACAGUCACCAUGAUGAUCAAGACGACCAUGACAGUCACCAGGACGUAGAUGGCCGUGAUGAUCAUGUGAAACAUUACAUUCCAGCUCAGCAUGAUGAUCUGGAUAGACGGGACCACCACGACAAUCAUGACGAUCAUGAUGACCAUUAUGACAUGGGUGAACAUGAAGAGGAGCGUGAUCGCAUUCGCUACAGCAGCGAGGACUAUGAUGAUCGAGAUGAUACUUACGAUGAACAUGAAAGCUAUGAAGAUCAUGAAGAUGUGACUGACGAUCCUGGUGAGGAUGAUCAAGAACAUCCUGAUGGCUCCAAGGAGCAUCCAGACCAUGAUGAUCAUGAUGACGAAGGCCAAGAGCUGGUGGAGGAUAACGACCGUUAUACUGAUCACGAUGCUCAUGAGCACGAUGAUCAUGACAGCUACGACCAUCAUGAUAGCCAUGAAGAUGUUGAUGACGGUCAUCAGCAUGUAAUCAUUUCUAUAGCAACAGAUGAACGUCAGAAUGUCACUCAGAAGGGAGAAGGAGGAAAGGCCACCACCGAUGAGACCUGGUUGGACGGCUACCCUGUCGUUGCAGAGGAAACUGAAAAUGAGGACUCCACAACAGAAAGGGUAAGACCCGAGGAUAGCGAAAGGGGGACAGUUGUCAGGACAACAGACAGACCCAAUGAAGUGGAAAUUCGGAGACCUGUCCCUUACACCACCUUACCAGAGGUCUCCGAGUCUCCCACCACAGACCCUGCCUUACAGCAAGGGGGAGUGGAGGAGAUGUGGCCCGGCUUCAUCCCCACCGCUGCUCCCUUCCCUGACCGCUCACAGCCCUCAGACUCCCCCUCAUACUCCGACCCCCUGGACUACGACACACAGCAGGCAGCUCCCACCCACUCCUGGCUUGGUGACCUCACUGAGCACCCGUUAAUCAAUCAGGACCCAGCUGGACCGGUGCUGGACAACGGUGACACCCUGGAGGAACACACUGUGCACAGCCUGCCUGGUGAGGCCGGCGAGAGGGGUGAGAUGGAGGGAGAUAUGGGGGAGACGAUUUGUACAGGUGAGAACUGCCCUCCCCAUCCUCCGAGCUCCUCCAGCCGAGGUCCCACAGUGGCGGCCAUAAUUGCGGUGAUGUGUGUGAUCGCUGCAGCUAUAAUCGUCGGGGUGUGGUGUUACCGACGGCAGCAGCAGAAGAGCUCAAUGUACGAGAUGAAUGGGAAGGGCCAGAGUCAGACCAGACAGGGCCAACAGAUAGAGAUGCAGCAAAAAGUGUAAGAGUGAUAGAAGAGGAAAGAGUGACGCUGAAGAGGACAGAGACAUUUAGGAGGAGUUGAUGAAAUUGAGAGGAAAGCACAGCCCUUCAUCUUGCUAGAAAAUACUGCGUAAUUGAAGAUUUUGGAUAGGUAUGAACAGAUUUGAAGAGCCAAACCUUACGUAUGUGAUGCAGAAAUGUUGUAAAACAAUAAGAACCGAUAUCUAACUGAGUGAAACCUGAAUGAAACAAGACGUUAGCAGUUCUGUCUGUCCCACUCAUUGAUUUUUAAGUUUUACCCAUCUCUGUUAUACCUACCCAUUAUUUUCAAAGCUCUGACAUCUAGCUGGACAGGUGGAGGGGGCUGUGUCUGGACUUGACUCAACUCCAAGAACUGAAAAAGGAGAUUACAAUGAAAUGACCAUGUAGGAAAACCACAAGAAGGCAUGCCUGCCUGCCGGAAUAUAUGAACUGAGACUUCAACCUCCAAAGCUCUUGGACAUUGUGGUAAAGAUUCUCUGUGUAACCUUGCUGUUGUUUUUGUUGUCUUCAUUGACUGCUCGUUUAGUGUUGAUUUUUCUGUAUUGUUCUUGAUUCUCAAUCUUUUUCUGUUUGUCUGAGUAUCAUGUUGAUGAAAAACUGUAGUCCACUUGUUACUCCACGAUAAGAGCGCUGAAGUUCAGAACACUUCAGAUCAUCACAGCAGAUUUGCGCACAGCCGGGGUUCUGUCAAACCAGCAUGAAUGGAAAAAAGGAUGAUGACGAUGAUGUUGGUUAGACCAAAUGAGAGAGAGUCGAACGAGCAGUAUGAGGUAUGCGGGGAAAAGUGUGUGAACGAAGGAUGACAGGUGAAACAUUUUAAGAUUUUCCUGCCUCUGUUGAUUUUGACAGUCGACUGGUGAGAGAUACAGAGCGGGUGUCCAUCCAGACUGCAGACUCAGCCCCUGUGUGUGUGUGUGUGUGUGUGUGUGUAUCUGUGUGAGAAAGAUUGAGAGAGUGUGUGUGUGUGUGUGUGUGUGUGUGUGUGUGUGUGUGUGUGUGUGUGUGUGUGUGUGUGUGUGUGUAUCUGUGUGAGAAAGAUUGAGAGUGUGUGUGUGUGUGUGUGUGUGUGUGUGUGUGUGUGUGUGUGUGUGUGUGUGUGUGUGUGCAUUUGUGUGUCUCAGGUCCAUGCAAUCCACCGGUCAGCGGUACGUCGGUUUGCUGACGGCAUUCAGACCAACCAGAGAUCAAACAUUGUGGUGCUGCCAUGGCAACAGAGAGAAACUAAUAGAAGUCUGACAUAUUGUGAUGGCUUAGGGUGUUUAAUGAAAAAUGUAGUUAGAUUAGUAAGCCUAUGACUUUGGGUUAAAAUUAGGGCUGGACCACAUGCCCUAAAAUAUAUGUCAUGAUAAAUUGUUACAUUUAGCUCUAUAAUUAUAAAUAUUGUUUACUACAUCAAUGGAUUAUGAUUCCUUACUUGUUUGUCCCGAUGAAUCACAGUAUGAGAAAUUAAAAAAGGGUUGUUUAAAUAAUUUAUUCAGCUUUAUUGGAAAUUCAUGAUGUUUAUAACUUCAUAAAAAUUUGGUUUAAAAAUGAUGAUGAUUUUACAGUGUACUAUAGCUCUAUGUGAAUCCAUGGCAAUUACACUUUUGAUUUUUCUGUACUGUGCCAAAUACUUGAGAGCAAGGUUGUGUUAAAAAAAACAAAAAACUCGUAAAAAAGUGCAACUGUAAAUAAAUUUAAAUAGUUAUAAGAGGGUUUGAAUUUAGAUAUUAGAGUUUGUGAUUCUGGUGAUGUAUAGAGACUAAGAUUAAUUAAAUGGCAAUAACUUAAUAGAAAGUGCUUCACUUGUAAUUAAUGUCAAAAGUGGUUGGUUGCUUGAAGAUUAGACACUUUAUUGUGUCAGCAGUCAUGAAUGAUGAUUUCCUUAUUCCUCGUAUUUCUCCAACUUAACAUCCAGUGUUCUAUAAAAAGUGUUUUUAUUGCUUUAUUUCAAUCUUCUUCAUUUCCAUAUUGUGUUGACUGAAACUGAGUUGACACAAAUGUCCCAAUGUGGAGACGGCAUGGGGAAUAAAGUACCUUUUGUCUAUAGAUUUCUGUAAAUAUAAAUCUGUAACUGUAAUAACUUGCUGUACAUACAGUACUGUAGCUUUACUGGUGUGUGGGAAAUAAAUUUAACUUGUGUUAAAUGUGUGUUUCUUCACCAAGACGGUCAAUCACAGUAGACAGUAGAUAUCACCUCUUCAUGUCUUACACAGGGUCAGCUCAUCCACUUUACUCAGAAUAUACACUACUGCCUUUUACUUCACCUACUAUUAGACACUGCUGUUCAAACACAAGUACUGUACUCCUGAUAGCAUAAAUAAAGACCAUAUUGUAGAUUGAAGCAACAACCUCUCAUACACACCAGCUUUGCCACAUGAUCCAUGCCUGAAGACUGAUCAUAAUCAUCAAAGAUCACCUGGGUUAUGCGCAAAAUUAUGACAAAUUUAAAAGAAAACAAAUUAAAAGUUUUUGAAAUUGCUGACUCUAAUUCACAUGAUGCUAAUAUAUUUCCAUGCCUCUUUCUUCUUCAUCUCAAACAGCCUGAUGUGUGUGACGUCAGGAUGAAAUGUGUACUGUAUGUGUGUUCUCUACAUCACAAUAAACUCCUGAACCUGG